AUGUUCUCUGUGCUGCGUAGAAUUCCCACAAGCAGACUAGCCCUGUUCGGUUUGUUCCAGCAGUCUCAGGAUGUGGUAAAAACCCCAGGGUAUGAAGGUCUGGAGCGGAAGUACAAGGGCAUGGAGGCACUACAACGACUAUUCGUACCUGACGAAUAUGGAGAACUGUCUAAGGAAAUGGCAACUGCUGUCCACAUGUCUGCAGCCGCUACCCUCAUAGGGGGGAUCUGUGGAGCUAUUAGCCAGGGACGGGACGCAUUUCAACAUUUCGUGGAGAACAAUCAGGCAACGCAAUUCCGCAACCAGUUCGAUGCUAAGAGGACGCUCCAGGACACGAUGACAGUGGCCAUCGGUAAAGGUGGCGUGAAGUGGGCGUUCAGGAUAGGCGGAUUUACCACCGUUUUUAUUUUCUUACACACAUUCAUACGAGUAUAUCGAGGUGAACCUGGAGUACUCGAAUACCUGGGAGCAGGUAUCAUAACAGGGGGACUAUUCAAGCUGAAUUUGGGAAUCAAAGGAGUCAUCGCUGGGUCCGCCGUGGGGGGCUUCCUCGGUUUCCUCGGUGGUGCUGCCUCCAUGGCCCUCCUGUACUUGACCGGAUACACAAUAGACGAUAUUGAACAAACUCAGUAUGAACUGCACGCCUGGAGAAACGAGGCGGUUCGAAAUGCGAUGAAACAGCAAAUGGCGGAAGACUACGAGAAUGCGCGGAUGUUGUCAGACAAGGAGGAGAAAUUGAACCACGAAGCUCCCCUGGAAUCCAUUCCCGAUUCUCCGCAAGCGCCUCCCCAAGACACAAAGUGAGACAACAAUAAUUGAUUAAAAAAACAUUUUGUACAUACUAGUUGAAAUCUGCAAAUUAGAUUAAAAAUUCAAAAA